AUGGAAAGUUAUCUCGAGACUGGAGAACUCCACGCUAACUCAAUGUUCGCAGUGCUAUGUCCAAAUUUGAAAUCCAUGCAAUCAGUCAUUCAAGCCGAGGGCGAGCGAAAGGCGUCACGAGCUCUACGUGAGGCGAGUUUGAUGCUCAAUGAUAAGCCAGUUGCUUUGCAACUGCGGUACCUUCAAACCCUCUCGGGGAUCGCCGCUGAGCACCACUCGACUAUCAUCUUUCCCCUACCCAUUGAUUUAACUACCAGCUUCCUAAUGAGCAACCCUGCGCAAUCGAUGAAGGGCGGAGUCGGCGUUCAUCCCGGGGUUAACGGAACCCACACCACCGCCGUCGCCACCGCCACAACUAGUACCGCCACUACGGCCACCACCGUGUCCAGCGGCAACAACAACAGCUCUGACCUGAAUGUAUAG